AUGCUAAGAUUGACAAGAUUCACUGACGAUGCCGACUACGAUUCCGGUGAAACGUCUGGGAAUCUACCAAAUGCCCGGUGCAAAGCUGGAAAUAAUCACGGCAACUACGCCAGCAGAUUUCAGACAAGGUUUCUCCGUCUAGGUCUUUCUGAUAACACGGCCAAGUUGCUAAAGACAGGUCAAACACUGAUAUGUAGUGAAAAGAGAUUGCGACCAAAAUAG